AUGAAUAGUUUGACAAGAGGAGUACCACUACUACUAUUACUAUCUACAAGGUCAUUAUCCUCAAUAACAGCAGGAGCUUCAUCACGACGACGACGACGAGGAUCUUUGCCAAAUGAAAAGACGAUAUAUAACUUAACUGAUCAACAAGUGAAAAAAUAUUAUUAUUUAAUAAAGAUGAUUGAUCAUCAACAUCUGUAUUUAAUAAAUAAUACUACCACUAUUAGUAGUACUACUUGUAGUGAUAGGAAAUUAUUUGAUAAGAUAAAUUCAGAAUGGAGACAUAAAUCACAAUCAGAUCGAAUUAGAUUAAAAGAAGCAUUUGAAAAUAUUAUUUAUGAUAUGAAUCAACAUAAAACAAUUGAGAUCAUCACCACCAAUGAUAAUAAUAAUGAUAAUGAUAAUAAUAACCAUAGGGAUAUCAAUUAUAAAGAAUUUCAUAUAAUGCAAUAUAAGUAUAAUCAAAAUCAAGCUACAGGUGCAAUAUUCAGUCGGAAAAAUUUAUCAAGUAUGAAUUCUUCUUCAAUACUUAAAUAUUUCAUUUAUUCACAAAUCAAUGAUGAAAAUGGAUAUGGAAAUAAAAAUAAAAAUCAUUAUUAUUAUAAACAAGAUAAUGUUACAAAAUUGAAAAUCAUUAAUGAAAUAAAACGGAAACUAUGGAUUAAACUUUCAUCAGUACAAAAAAUUAAAAUUAUGAAACAAUAUUAUGAUUUAAUAAUGAAAGGGUAUGAAAUUGAUGAAAAAAAUGAUUAUCAAUUAAUCAAAAUAACUCAUGACAAGUUUAAUAUAAUGACGAAAGCAGGAGAAGAUGAUUGUUUUCCUAUCACCUCAAAAACAAAGAGUAAUAAAGUAAAAUAUAAUACAAAAUGGCCAACUUUGAUUAUCAAACAUAAUUUAACUACAGGAUAUUGUAAAAUUGAUGGAGUAUCAUUAUUAGAUGGAUGUAAUUAUUAUUUAUGGAAAAAUCUACAAAAUCUACAAAAUUUACAAAAUCUACAAAACUGUUUAAAUGAUUAUGAAAAAUAUCAAAUUUUGAAACAAAAUUGGAUAAAUUUAAACUCUAAAGAACAAUUACAAUAUCAACAAGAAUAUGAAAAUGUUUUAAAAUCAGGUAAAAUAUUACUUUUUGGAGAAUUAAAACCAAUUACACCUAAAUUGAUCGAGGAAUCCAAUGUUAUUAAAAUCAAAUAUACACCAAUAUGGGGUGAACAAUUUAAAUCAGUAUCAUAUAAAAAUCCUGUUAAAUUAGAAAAUUUACGAUUUUUAAUUAAUCAAACCGUUGGGAAUAUAAUUGUUGUUGGUAAAAGUAAAAGUAAAGGUAAAACUAAAACUAAAACUAAAACGAAAAACAAUCUUGAUUAUGAUUAUGCAUGGAAUUAUUAUCUUGCCAAAAGAUUAAAUCAAUUGGGUCAGAAUAUAGACAAUGUUAGUGAUAAUUACCAUUUAAUUGCCCAAGAAUGGGGGAAUAUGACAAAUGAAGAAAAAUCAAAUAUUGAUAAAGAAUAUGAUAAUUUAUUAUUAUCAGGUAAAGAUUAUUUAAAUGGAGAAAUUGUCACUAUAGAAAAAAAAAUAUCCCUAAUGAAUAAUAAUCAAGGCAAAGGCAAAGGUAAGAAUCUAAUUCAUGAAAUAUUUGGACAAGAUUUAGUAAUUCCAACAAAAUCAAGACGAGGACCAGGUGGUUAUAAAGUGAAAACUUCGAUCCCAGUAUUAAUUGAUCAAAAAUCAGGGAAAGGGAUAAUAUUAGAUGACAUAGAUUUAGUUUAUGCUUAUAAUUAUUAUCUUGGAUUAAUGUUAAGGAAAUUGGGCAACGGCAAGGACAAGGACAAAGACAAGGACCGUCUUCAUCAUACUGUGGAUAAUAUUUCACAAAUUGAAAAUCAAUGGAUUUUAAUGCUGCAACAAGAGAAAUUACAGUAUAAAUCAGAGUAUGAAUCAUUAUUACGUGAUGGGAAAGAUAUGCUUAAUGGAGAAAUAGUUUCAUUAAGGGAGAAAUUUGAAGCUAAUAAAACUAUAUCAUCAAAAAUAAGUGGUCAAGGAUUGAAAAGGGCAUUAUUCCCGAAAUCAAACAUUGAUUUUACCGUGAAACUGAUUUCAAGUGGAAGUGGUGGUGGUGGAAGUGGUGGUGAUGAUGGUGAGAUUGGGCAAGAUAAUCAUGACAAAACAGACAAAGAAUUUAUAUUCUAUGGAGAAUUGAGUGAUGAUAAAUUAUAUCAAUAUUAUAAAUAUCAUCGAUUACAAGAAUUACAAAGUACUACUAAACAAGAAGAAGAAGAAGAAGAAGAAGAAGAUCAAAUACAAGUAAUUGAAUCUGAAUGGGAUGAAAUGAAUGAACAAGAUAAACAAGAAAUACAAAAAGCUUAUGAAUUAUUAUUAAUAUCAGGUAAAGAUAUUAAAAAUAAUGAAUUAAUUGAUAUUGUCAAUUAA